AUGCCACAGACAGUUCAAACCACAGACUACACAGACUGCUUAUCUCCCUUCACAGGGUGGGGUCCUGAUGUAUGGGGUGACCAAUACCCAACCUGUGGUGGUUUAUCUCAAUCUCCCCUUGACCUUAAUCUAUCCACAGCUCAGCCUAGUACCGCACCUGGAGAGAUGAAAACUAUUGGAUACAGAACCCUGAAUAAUGCUUCAGUCAAUCAAAACGGACAUACCUUUACAGUAAAGUUAAACCUUGGAUCGAACGACGACACUCCAAUGAUUCUCGAUGGGAGUCUUCCCUCCGGAGAAAAGUUUGCUUUUGCUCAGCUUCAUCUUCAUUGGGGAAGUGAUAGUUUCCGGGGUUCAGAGCAUAGACUAGCAGGUCAAGAGUUCCCAGCGGAAAUACAUCUAGUGCAUUGGAAUACUAAAUACCCUGACUUCCCUACAGCUGCACAACAGUCGGACGGGUUGGCGGUAGCCGGAUUCUUUCUCCAGGUCUCUGAUAAGACUAAUGAUAACUAUGUCCCUGUAAUUAAUGGAUUAAUUAAGUUGGCAGGACAACCAGAUAAUUUUGAUGUAGAUAUAGGUUCUUUAUCUUUACGGAGUCUACUGCCUACUCCAGGGGCGGCAGAUCAUCUACACUAUAAGGGCUCCCUGACCACUCCUCCCUGUACAGAGAACGUUUUUUGGAACGUUUUUCUGGAUCCUAUAAAUAUUUCAGAAGAACAGCUGAAUACGAUCAGAGGUCUGAGAGGAGAAAACAAUCAACUUCUCAGCGACAAUUAUAGACCACCGAUGCCAAGUAAUGGUCGACCGAUAUAUUUGUAUAGGAGGGACUUGGGACUUCAAUUUGCAGAACUUUUGCGAAACUAAAAGCAAAGUUUUUCUGGCACUGUUGGAGCUUUUUACGCAAAGGAACCGCAAUUACCGCAAUUUGAUUGAACCUUCAACUCCAGAAAAAUCUAGCUAUUCAGAUUUCGCUCAACUCUGUUUUGAGAAAAAUUAAAUAUGUAUUUGAAAGUGACUGUAAUAAUGUUAUAAUAUUUCUUUGAAAUUUACAUUUUACUGAUUUUCAGUUUUCAGAUGCUUUAAUCUUAAUUGUUAAUUGAGACUGUUUUAAGUCGGUUUCAUCACGUUCUCAAACAUAUUAGAUUCAAUUUUUAUAAAAUUGUCUAAUUUGUGUAAUUUUGUUUUUACGUCUCUCACUCUCAAAGGAAUUGAGUCU